CCAGACCUAUGGCCAUUAUACAGAGGAGCUCUCACAAUUUGCCAGGAAAGAAGCUGCCAAAUUACGUCAAGAGAGGCAAAGUGUCAGCACAACCAAACCACCUGAUGUACAGAGGGAGUGUUACUCCAAGUGCCACGCCUUUUUGCAGAGGGUAAAAAAAUAUAUCAUCAGAAAGUUGGGCGAGGAUUGGAUCUUCCUUGUUCUGUUGGGUCUUGUGAUGGCGCUGGUCAGCUGGAGCAUGGACUACGCCAGUGCAAAGAGUUUACAAGCCUACAGAUGGAUGUACCAAGGAGCCGCCUCACACAACGUCUGGUACCAGUACAUGGCCUGGGUGUCCUAUCCCCUGGUCCUUAUAUUGUUUGCUGCUGUGUUCUGUCACAUAGUGUCUCCGCAGGCCAUAGGUUCUGGCAUUCCGGAGCUGAAAGUCAUCCUCCGAGGAGUCGUCCUGAAGGAGUAUUUGACGCUCAAGGCGUUUGUAGCCAAAGUGAUUGGACUGACAGCCUCUUUAGGGAGUGGGAUGCCUCUGGGCAAAGAGGGUCCGUUCGUGCACAUCGCGCCAGUAUCUGUGCCGUUGUACUCAGCAAGUUCAUGUCCGUCUUCUGUGGCGUGUACGAGCAGGCGUACUAUUACACUGACGUUCUCACGGUGGGAUGUGCAGUUGGUGUUGGCUGUUGCUUUGGGACCCCCCUAGGAGGUGUCUUAUUCAGCAUUGAGGUCACCUCCUCCUAUUUUGCGGUAAGGAACUACUGGCGUGGAUUCUUUGCGGCGACCUUCAGCGCCUUUAUUUUUCGCGUCCUGGCUGUAUGGAACAAAGAUGCGGUUACCAUCACCGCGCUAUUCCGCACUAACUUUCGUAUGGAGUUCCCCUUUGACCUUCAAGAGUUACCGGCUUUUGCAGUUAUUGGGAUCUGCUGCGGGUUCCUUGGCGCUUUCUUUGUCUACCUGAAUCGGCAGGUGGUGCUCGGUAUCCGAAGGAACCAGACCUUGAGUACCUUCCUAAGCCGCUAUCGAUUCAUCUAUCCGGCGGUGAUCACGUUCUGCAUAGCGACCCUCACCUUCCCUCCAGGAUUUGGGCAGUUCAUGGCGGGUGAGCUGAUGCCCCGGGAGAGUAUCAGCGUCCUGUUUGAUAAUCACACAUGGACGAAGCAUGUGGGGAACGCGUCCGUCUUGGGGCGCUCUGCUGCCUUCAUCCACCCAACUGUAAGCGUCUUUGUCACGCUCCCUCUCUUCUUCAUCAUGAAGUUUCUGAUGUCUGUCGUUGCGACUACAAUGCCCAUACCCUGCGGGCUUUUAUGCCAGUGUUUUGUUCUUGGUGCUGCUUUUGGAAGAAUUGUCGGGGAGUUGAUGGCUUUCCUUUUCCCAAUGGAAUUCUGUUUGAUGGAAUUGUAUAUAAGAUUUUACCUGGGGGAUACGCUGUGAUUGGAGCGGCCGCACUUACGGGAGCCGUCACCCACACCGUCUCCACCGCCGUUAUCUGCUUCGAGCUGACCGGCCAGAUAUCGCACAUCCUCCCCAUGCUGUUCUCUGUCAUCAUGGCCAAUGUGGUGGCACAAAACCUCCAGCCCAGCUUGUACGAUUCCAUCAUCCAGACAAAGCGGCUGCCGUACUUGCCGGACCUGUCCGGCUGCUCCGUCAGUAAAUACAACAUUUUUGUAGAAGACAUUAUGGUGGGGGAUGUGCGCUAUGUAUCUUCUCACUGCACCUAUAGAGACCUGAUGAAUGUACUGCGGAGAUGCACACAUAAAACACUCCCUCUAGUGGAGUCAGCAGAAUGCAUGGUGCUCCUUGGGUCAAUCGAGAGGACGGAGAUCUCGGCGCUCCUGGAGAGAGUCCUGUGCAAGGAAAGGAGAUUGAAGAUGGCGUCCGCUCCAUACAAAGGUCAGAGGUCAGCAAGGCCAGGGGGGAAACGGGACUCUUUCCGGUACGUGGAUGAAGAAGAGACAGGAGGAGAAGAAGAAGAGAAGAAGGAGCCAAUGGAAGAAUGCAAUGGCCCCAUUUCUCCGACCAAUUCUGGCGAGCCCACCAGUGACCCAGCACAGCCAGCCACUUGCUGUCAGAGACUGUGCUCUUCUCUGCGGAGGUUCUUCUGCCGUUCAAAUUCAGAGGAAGCCAAAGUAGAAGGCCCACCUCAGGAAUCUGAGCCUGAAGACCCCAUGACACCAGAGGAGACUGCAGUUUGGGAACAGCAGGAGCUCGGGAAGACCGCUUCGUUUGACAGCUGUUUAAUAGACCCAUCACCGUUCCAGCUGGUGGAGAGGACUUCCCUUCAUAAGACACAUACACUAUUUUCACUGCUUGGCCUUAGCCAGGCUUAUAUCACCAGCGGAGGGAAGCUCAGAGGAGUCAUCGCUCUGAAGGAGUUACAAAAAGCCAUAGAAGGCACUGCACAGUCUGGAGUCCGACUACGACCCCCAUUUGCCAGUUUUCGGGAUGCCAGUCGCUCCAUGUCCCAGAGGAAAUCCAUUAGAGCCGUUCCAAAGGCACCACCUUCCCCCGACCCUUCCAUGGUCCCCGAUGACGUACCAACCUCGGUGGCCCUUGAAGUGACCCCAGACUCCGAGUUGGACGAUCUGUCUGGUCAAGGAUCCGAAAACGUGUCGCAGAUCCUAAGGGACUUUCAGGCGUCUGCAGAACAGAGUGAAGAUGAAGUGCCGCUGUAG